AUGAAUUCAUCAAAUUGUUCACCAUUACUUGUUCAGAAAAUGUUUCAAUCGUUAUUGUCUAAUCCAACAACAUCGAAUACUUCAACUACAUCUCAUCAAAACUUACCUGCACCAACAACGUCACGACCGUUAACAUCACCACCUAAAAAGAAUUCUAUUCGACUUAUUGAAAAUGAUCAAAAUGGUCGUCGAGAAAAAUAUGAUGGUUAUCGUUGGAGACUUGUUUGUACAUGGCAUUUAUGUGAAUGCACUAAUAUAGCCUAUAGUUAUCAAUUAUGUGCUAAACAUAAUGCAUUACGACGAAAUAAAGAAUUACCAAAAAGAAAACGGAAACCAUUACUAACUCAUUCAUCAUUACCGAUCAUGAAUCAACACAAUCAUAAUAAUCUACAUGAUGAUGAUGAUAUUGAAAUUCUUGAAGAAUAUUGUAAAAAUUCAACUAAUCGUUGUUCUGUAAGCAGUAAUAUUAAAGCAGAAGCUUCUGAUUAUCAUAUGUUUUCUGUGGACAAUCUCAAUGAAAGUCAUCUAUUUGAUGCAAUUAAAUCAGAACCAAAGGUUUCAUCAAGUUAUUCCUUGACUAAAACUAACGAUGUUGAAUAUAUAACCUCAACAACUCGUUCUAAUGGUUUUAAUAUUACGGAAUUAGUGUCAAAAAACAUUCCGCCAUUAACUGAAUUUGAAGAAGAAUGUCUUGCAUCUCGUCUAAUGGAAAGAUAUCCAACUACUUGUCUAAUGCUUGAUGCACAACUGUUUUUACACGAUGAAGCCCUUGCCGUUGUGAAAAAGAAUUAUCGGAUAAAGAUGGAUGCCGUUGCACCGGAAUAUUUCUAUGAUUUUCUUCUUCGUCAUCCACGUGUAGCACUUCAUUAUAGCAAUUGGUUUCUACGAUGUAAACCUGUACCACCAACAACUGGAUGUUCAAUUGAUACAAAAGUAUGGACAUUAAGUAUGACAGUACGAGGUGCAAUGGCGGUUGAUCAUAUGAACGAUGAAUGUGCUGAAUAA